AAGGAAAAUCAUUCCGAGGAACCAAUGGUGGGUUUGACUGAUCUUAUUGAUGGCGCAGCGUGUCUUUAUCUGGGGGACACCGAAGCGGCUAUUAAAAGUUUCCGAAACUGUCUGAAAUGUAGGUAUCCGUCCAAAGACGAGUACGACCAGCAUGUCAGCGCAUUUGCGUUGUAUGAAUUAGGAAGUAGCCUUAAUAAUAAUAACAAUCCUAAUGAAGGCAAAAAUUUCUUGUCAAAAGCGCAAACUCAGUACAAAGAUUAUGACUUUGAAACUCGACUCAAUUUGCGUAUACAUGCCGCCCUGAAAAAUAUAUAGUGACGUUAAGCGUAUAAUAUUACAAUAUGAGAUAGUUUUAGUAUCGACAA